AUGCAUGUCGUCACCGGCUCUUCCCGUGCGUCUGGAUCGGCUGACUCGAAGGUCGGUAGCCCAGUGGGAUCCGUCACCAUACAGGUCUUCCUCGUCAGAGUAGUCCGAUUCUGGCAGACAUUCUGCAAGGCGCCGUGCGCUCUGCGUGUUCCAGAUGUGCGGGAGAUGGUGAGGGAAAAGGAAUCAGCAAGGACGGUUGUGGGAAAAAAUGAAGAUAAAUGCUUGGAAUGUGGAAAGUGCUUCUCCUGCAAUGGCAGCCUAACGAUGCAUCAAAGGGUUCACACAGGAGAGAAACCAUAUAAAUGCCUGGAGUGUGGAAAGUGCUUCUCUCAGAAUGGCAACUUAACUAAGCAUCAAAAGAUUCACACAGGGGAGAAGCCAUAUAAAUGCCUGGAGUGUGGAAAGUGCUUCUCUCAGAAUGGCAGCCUAACUAGACAUCAAAAGGUUCACACAGGGGAGAAGCCAUAUGAAUGCUUGGAGUGUGGAAAGUGCUUCCCUUACAAUAGGAGCCUAAUUUCACAUCAAAGGUUUCACACAGGGGAAAAGCCAUAUAAAUGCCUGGAGUGUGGAAAGUGCUUCUCUCAGAAUUCCCACCUAACUACACAUCAAAGGGUUCACACAGGGGAGAAGCCAUAUAAAUGCCUGGAGUGUGGAAAGUGCUUCUCUCACAGUAGCCAUCUAGCUGUACAUCAAAGGCUUCACACAGGGGAGAAACCAUAUGAAUGCUUGGGGUGUGGAAAGUGCUUCUCUUCCAAAGGCCAACUGACUGUACAUCAAAAGGUUCACACAGGGGAGAAACCAUAUAAAUGCUUGGAGUGUGGAAAGUGCUUCCCUUACAAUAGUAGCCUAAUUUCACAUCUAAAGGUUCACACAGGCGAGAAGCCAUAUAGAUGCCUGGAGUAUGGAAAGUGCUUCUCUCGCAUUGACAUCCUAACUACACCUCUAAGGGUUCACACACGGGAGAAGCCUUAUAAAUGCUUGGAGUGUGGAAAGUGCUUCUCUUGCAAUAGCAGCCUAACUAGACAUCAAAGGGUUCACAGAGGGGAGAAGCCAUAUAAAUGUCUGAAGUGUGGAAAGUGCUUCCCUUACAAUAGGAGCCUAAUUUCACAUCAAAGGUUUCACACAGAGGAAAAGCCAUAUAAAUGCCUGAAGUGUGGAAAGUGCUUCUCUCAGAAUUCCCACCUAACUACACAUCAAAGGGUUCACACAGGGGAGAAGCCAUAUAAAUGCCUGGAGUGUGGAAAGUGCUUUUCUCGCAGUAGCCAUCUAGCUGUACAUCAAAGGCGUCACACAGGGGAAAAACCAUAUGAAUGCUUUGAGUGUGGAAAAUGCUUCUUUCAGAAUGACAGCCUAACUAGACAUCAAAAGGUUCACACAGGGGAGAAACCAUAUAAAUGCCUAGAGUGUGGAAAGUGCUUCUCUUUGAAUGGGAACCUAACUAUACAUCAAAAGCUUCACACAGGGGAGAAGCCAUAUAAAUGCAUGGAGUGUGGAAAGUGCUUCUCUCGCAUUGGCACCCUAACUACACAUCUCAGGGUUCACACAGGCGAGAAGCCAUAUAAAUGCGUGGAUUGUGGAAAAUGCUUCUCUCGCACUGACACCCUAAGUACACAUCUGAGGCUUCACACAGGCGAGAAGCCAUAUAAAUGCCUGGAGUGUGGAAAGUGCUUCUCUCGCACUGACACCCUAACUACACAUCUGAGGGUUCACAGGGGAGAAGCUACAUAA